CAGCGUCUCAUUCGCCUUCAUCUGUCGCCGUCUUCGCCCGGAGUGUCACAGUUUCUUCGUACGUCAUGCGAGAACUCAUUCUGUCUCGCAGAUUUGAUCCCGCAGCUCGCUGAAACCUACCCUAAUCAUACGCUUGAACUCUCCCUCGCUUCAACUCGGGCGCCGGCUGUGUUGUUCUCCGAAAAGAAAGAGAGUGGUGUGAUCUCGGUCAGUUUGGGCGGAGUGGUGGUCGUGUUCGUUUUUGACGGCGUCCGUCGAAAACAAGCCGCUGUGCUCGACGUCGAGGUGGUCGCUGACGCGAAGUUUGAACUCUGCAGGUUCGACCGUAAUGUUAGUGGCAGUGUGGAGUUGACUAAGUUCGAGCUGUCGAGUCGUUCGGGAACGGUGAGAAUAUCAAGGGACGAGCUGUCCGACAUCUCGAUUCUCGUCUCGCAGAUGAUUGAGAACAUGCUGAACGAGAUGCUGUCCACUGGCUUCCCACUGCCUCUACCCACCAUGUAA